AUGUGUUUCAUCUUCCUGUGUCUCACCUUCGUGUGCCUCACCUUCGUGUGCCUCACCUUCGCGUGUCUCAUCUUCGUAUGCCUCAACUUCGUAUGUCUCACCUUCGUGUGUCUCACCUUCAUGUGCCUGACCUUCGUGUGCCUCACCUUCGUGUGUCUCACCUUCGUGUGCCUCAACUUCGUUUGCCUCACCUUCGUGUGUCUCACCUUCGUUUGCCUAACCUUCGUGAGCCUCACCUUCGUAGGCCUCACCUUCGCGUGUCUCAUCUUCGUAUGCCUCAACUUCGUAUGUCUCACCUUCGUGUGUCUCACCUUCAUGUGCCUGACCUUCGUGUGCCUCACCUUCGUGUGUCUCACCUUCGUGUGCCUCAACUUCGUUUGCCUCACCUUCGUGUGUCUCACCUUCGUUUGCCUAACCUUCGUGUGCCUCACCUUCGUUAGCCUCAACUUCGUGUGUCAUACCUUCUUGUUACUCACCUUCGUGUGCCUCAACUUUGUGUGUCUCACCUUCGUGUGCCUCACCUUCGUGUGCCCCACCUUCGUGUUCCUCAACUUCGUGUGUCUCACUUUCGUGUGCGUCACCUUCGUGUGCCUCACCUUCGUGUGUCUCACCUUAAUGUGCCUGACCUUCGUGUGCCUCACCUUCGUGGGCCACACCUUCGUGUUCCUCACCUUCAUGUGCCUCACCUUCGUGUGA